UUUGAGAAGACUAGUUGGACGUGUUGACACACCUUGUGCUGUGCGCGUCAGUUGUAACGUGUUUUCUUCGCAAUUAUUUCGUGUUUUUAUAACUAAUUUAGUGAACCCAACAUGUAAAUUUGUGUUAUUGUCUGAAUAGUGAUACAAAGUGCCUCUUGAACAGUUAAUAAACGGCAAAGUUCCUCUGUUAUUGUUCUAUGUAUGCUUAUAUUAUUCUUACCUCUCGGAUAAAAGACAGUGAUUCCGGAAUUGAGGUAGUGAGGUGAUACUGGUGGUGAAAAUGCACGGGAGCGUCGUCGGGGGUGGCGGUGGGGGCGGGGGGAGUACCGACCGCGACCGUCGCGCCCUCGAACGGGAAGCGCUCCGGAACGUUAUCGCCCAAUGGAACGCCAAUCGACUUGAUCUCUUCGAACUCUCCGAACCUAACGAGGAUUUAGAAUUCCAUGGCGUUAUGCGUUUCUAUUUCCAAGAUUCGGGUCAAAAGGUGGCGACCAAGUGUAUUCGGGUCGCAUCGGACGCCACCGUCGAGGACGUGAUCGGCACUCUAGUAGAAAAAUUUAGACCGGACAUGCGGAUGUUGUCUGUGCCCUCAUAUGCCCUUUACGAACUACACGAGGGUUGUCCGGAACGUAGAAUGGCCCCUGACGAAAAGCCCCUACUUGUCCAACUCAAUUGGCAUGUGGACGAUCGAGAGGGACGUUUUUUACUCAAAAACACCGACGAGAAAACGCACAACUCUGUUCAUGAUUCAAAUGCAAGUUUCCGACGAAAAUUAUCUAAAAGGGAGAAAAAGCAGUUAAAGAAACAGGAGAAAUUGCUACGCAUGAAAAGCGAAAAUGGAAGCGCCAAAGAGAAAGGUGAUGGGGUUGCUGAGAAACUUUAUUCAGAGCUUCCAGAAACGUCUUUCACUAGAUCUAUAUCAAAUCCAGAAGCUGUUAUGCGUCGAAGACGACAACAAAAGUUAGAACGAAAAUUGCAACAAUUUCGAUCAAAAGAUGGUGGGCCAGACACAGCAGGGGGUACGUUAAAAAUAUACGGCGAAGCCUUGUGCAGGGAUGUGCCGUACAAAACGUUAUUGUUGUCUAUAAGAGACACCGCGGGUUCUGUGGUGCGCGAAAUGCUCGACAAAUACGGUCUUAACAAGGCUGACCCAUCGCAAUGGUGCUUGGUACAAGUUACGUCACAACCGGGAUCGCCUGAUACGGAAUACGUCCUAGAUGAAGACGAAUGUCCACUGUCCAUACUCAUGAACUCCCCGAACACAAGCUCCAUCAUGUUCCACGUUAGACGAAGACCAGCAGAUUGUGCUCCCAGAAAAAGAAAGAAAAAGCCGGGUGCCUUGGGAGCUACUGCUACAGGAAGUGGACGGGAACCGAGAUUGGAAGCUGCCCCGUUGCUGGUUGAAUUGGGGCCUGAUGGAUCAGCUCCGUCCCCCGGUGAUACCGCCAGAAGUUUACGACUGUCGAAGGACGUUAUGGAGGUGGGCUCAGCGAACGGCAUCGACCUCCAGCUGUAUGGGCCCCACAUCCAGCCCAGACACGCGGUCAUCGCGAACACUGACGGCCUAACUUCAAUAACACCCUGUCACGCGGACGCCCACACUUACGUCAACGGACAAAGAAUACACCAAACGACCAUCCUCAGUCACGGCAACCUUAUCAAAUUCGGACACAGUAACGCGUAUCGGUUCCUGGAUCCAUCCCAAGAAAACAGGCCGAUACGGACAUCGGGGGGUGGAGCUGAUAGCGCCAGCGUUUACGAUAGAUUAAGCGGCAUAGACCGCUAUCCCCGUGGUCAAGAUCCAAUCUUGCCAGCGGUUCUGGAGUUCCCGGAGGAGCCUCAAGAACAAUUUUUGGCGCGUGUAAUCACUCACCUUGAUGUGACGACGCCGACGUUUCGUCUAGCACCCGCCUACACUCUUUACCUGUGCGCUCGAUAUCGCGCCUCCACCCACUAUCGGCCCGAACUCACCCCAACCGAAAGAGCGCACAAGCUCACCCUCCUACUUCAGCACGCGGCAAUGCUUAUCAGGCACACCGUCCAAGAUAGAAGCACCGAAAGUACAUCCCAGGCAUUUUGGCUUGCGAACGCCAGCGAACUUCUUCAUUUUCUCAAGUCUGAUAGACACGUAAGUGCGUUUUCAAUCCAGGCCCAAGACACUCUUGCCGACGCCGUUCAAUUGGCAUUCCGAAAUCUGGUGGCGUGUCUUACAGGCGAACUGAACGCGGUUAUGGGCAAUCUGGUGUCAGAUGGUAGUGGUACGGGUGACGACCAUCCUCGAGAUGUCGUCAACGUACUUGGUGUCGCAAUGAACCUAUUGCGCAAGUGUCGCGUAAACGCCGCCCUUACCAUUCAACUGUUUUCGCAACUUUUUCACUGGAUCUCGGCGAGAGCCCUUUCCGCUAUUAUUAACAAUCCGGCCCUGUGCAAUCGCAGCUUUGGCGUGAAACUUUUUAACAAGUUGAGAAACUUACAGGCUUGGGCUGAGUCUCAAGGAUUAGAAUUGGCCGCCGAAUGUCAUCUUGCCAAAAUUGUCCAAUGUGCCCAUUUACUACAAGCCCCGAAGAGUACAGCUGAAGAACUGGCCAAUUUAUCAGCGGCUUGUUUUAAGCUGAAUUCAUUACAACUUAGGGCUUUGCUUACACAGUAUAAAGCUGAACCAGGUGAACAAGUGGCACCGCCAGCAAUGUUAGAACAAGCAGCUCGUGCGGCAGAGGGCGUUGCUGAUGAACUAGCGAGAGCUGAAGGUCGUGAAGUGCGAUUACAUGAAGAUCCCGCUCCACCGUUGCAAUUACUUCUUCCAGAUGACGGUUUUAGUUGUGAUGUUGUUCAAGGUGUCCCUCCUGGACUCGCUGACUUCCUACAACCUCUCCAAGUUUCUGGACUGUGCCGUCUAGCUACCCAACCAACAAGUUCCGGACAUUGGACAGUCUAUAUGAAUGCUCCCAGGCCGCCUUCAGCUCUUAGCACUACACAACCAGAGAUACAGGUGAUAAGGCUCCACAAAGCAGGAGGCGGAAUGGGACUAUCGAUUGUAGCUGCAAAAGGGGCGGGACAGGAGCGACUGGGAAUUUACAUAAAGUCAGUUGUCCCAGGGGGAGCUGCCGAUCGUGAUGGAAGAUUAGCCGCUGGAGAUCAACUGUUAUCUGUAGAUGGACAGUCACUUUUAGGAAUAACGCAAGAAAAGGCAGCAGAAUUCCUUGUAAGAACAGGAAGUGUGGUAACAUUGGAAGUAGCAAAGGGAGGUGCUGUUUAUCACGGACUGGCUACCCUUUUGCAACAGCCCAGUCCAACACCCAACAGAGGUCCUAGGCGCAUGUCAGAGCGAGAUCUUCCAUCGCGAGUAGAUUCUGAACGUAGUAUUCCUUCUUCAAAGUCUGUACCUGCUCUGCAUCAUAUUUCACCUGGUGCAGAGCAGCCUUCUAGAGUAGGUGGCGGAGCCCACGAUGUCUUCAACCCCGGCUACAGCCGAACUUCCUCGAAUAAUAGCAUCAAUACGAACAGCGCCGUUGUUGGUAGUGGUGGGGGUGGUGGUAGUGCUCCUCAAGUGAUUAGCAGCAACCCAGUGAACAAUCCUGUCAAUAAUCUUCGAAGUCGUUCAACACACAACCUCCAUCAGGACUCCGGUUUUUAUCAAAAUCUCAGUGUUUAUCGUAAUAAUAUACCAAACCCUCAACAGUUGGGCGACAGGACGUCAGCAUUAAGAAGCUCUCAGAAUUCUUUACAGUCAACAGUUCAAAAUAAUCCUCAGCGACCUGUAUCCGCUUAUUAUCCUCAAGCGUCUGUGCAGUCUCCUGCAAUACGUUCUAAUUUACAUCAGUCAAUUCCAAAUCUCAAAAGUCCCCCUACAACCCAACGUCUUCAGAACGAUGAUUCUCGUUCUGGUUCUUUUCCAAGUGUUAACCAACAGUAUCCGCUAACUUUUAACCACAAACCGCCUGUAAAUAGUAGCUACGGAAGUCCUAACAAUACUAGUGGCUACGGGGUGUCUCCACAAGGUCAAUAUAAUAGAGGACAUGGCGUUCAAAACUAUGAUCAGAACUAUAAUUCACCAUACACCAAUCAGAAUUACGGAGGACAAACUAAUCAACACCAUCCAGGCCAACCACCCGAGAAUUUUACAAGUCACCCUCACCAGAACCACAUUUAUAAUGUUCAAAAGCAGUCUUACGGCCAUAGUGGUUAUGGAGGUCAGCCACAAAACCAAAGUUACUCGGGACCAAACCAAAAUCACUAUCCAAAAUCCCAUGAAACCGAAGUGAAUAUGAAACAAAGUUAUCCUAAUAAUGGACAGUACGUUCCUAAUACUAACAACUCAUACCCAAGUCCAACACAAAGUGUUCAAAGUUAUUCUAACGGUCACGUUCAUCCUGGCGGACGCCAUCCAGAUGAACCUCAUCGAUACAGUGGAGGUGGUUUGUUACGUGAAGAUGUCCUCAGGCAUUCUCAGUUCAAUAGAACUGAAGAAAUGAUGAGAUACUCGAGUUCUAAUAAUAUUGCCCAGGCACAACAAUACCAUCACCGAAUACAACCAGAGGAACGAAUUCAGAACGAAAUGAGGACAUCCCGAAGUGAUGAUUUACUUAAACAGCAUACCAUCAACAACAAUACUCCUGGUGGUGAAAUGAUGAGAUACGCAAGUAGUGGGAAUAUAAGAUCACAAGAGAGCUCCAAAAUUGAACUGUCUCAACUUCGUUAUAACGACGAGCGUAAAGAUGAUUUGCGUUCAAACAUAAGAGGUCAAGCAAAAUUGGUCGAAAUGGGCGAAGAAUUGCGCAGAAGGCAAAAUCGUGUCCUCUCUCCGUCUGUACCCACAGGUCCGCAACAUCAACACUUCCAUCCGCAACACCAGCCUCAAAAUUACCAAAUGCAAAUGGACAAAAACGUCCAAAAUCUCCAAACUAUGAAUCUUAAUCAACCGCUGAAUAGUUACGUACCCCAGCCUGCAUAUUAUAGCGGAACUCAAACAACCCCUACAACAUCAAAAUCACACCCGAAUCUUGUAGUGAAAAACACUCGCAAAAUUGAAGAUCCUCCCGAACUCCCACCUCCCACUACGCAUCCUCUGUAUACAGCUAGUAUGCAUGACCCGCCUAAAAUGGCGUUCUAUCCGAAUUGUAAUAAUGUUCAGAACAAGUUGCCGGUACGAGAUCCUUGGGCUCGCGAAGAACAGGAAAAACAAGCGGAAAUGAGGCGAGAACAGGCACGUCAAUGGCAGGAGCAACAAAUUAGAGAACUUAUGUCAUUACCGUACCGUACACCACAGCAAGAGGAGCAAUUACGGGUGUUACAGUUAGAGAGAGAGUUUCAGAGGAGAGCACUCGAAGCAGCAGAACAGGAUGAUGACGAUACCGAAGAAAAGGAAAGUCCCACAUCAACUCCAUCGAUUCAGUCCGUUCAGCCUCCUGCCUCCUCCAGUAUUAAUACAACCGUAACAACUCAUACGACACCGAUAAUGUCGAAGAUUGAACAUCCUCCGUCGAUAUUGAAACCUGGCGUUGCAAACAAUCACACAGUUGAACCAGAAGUACCCCCACCUCCGCCCGAAAGAGGUUCAAGCUUUGCUGUAAUGUCAAUGCAUAAUAAGGAGGCAAUUAAGAGGGUGACUUUUGACGAUUCGUCCGCGACUGUUACAACUUCUCCUCCAAAAACGCUCGUCAUUGAAGAACCCAUAAGGGAAGAUCCCAACAGCUUUAUAAGACAAGCUGAGUCAAUGCUGGCAUCUCCCACAACCCCCGUCGAUUCACCCCACGGGCUUGCACAAGCAACUCCAGGGGUAAUAGGAGCCCAAGAGGUGUACCGUGACCCGCGUACUAGAAGAUUGGCGGAACAACAAGCACAGUGCAAACCCGAAACGGUACCUGAAAAGUUGUCGUUCAAAGAAAAAAUGAAAAUGUUUGCCAUGGAAACGGGUGAAGCGGGUACGCCGAAAGAUAAGAGCAAAAUUUCGAGGGCGCAGCGCGAAAUCGACAAUCUCGGAUCACCCGGCUCCGGUCUCGUUCACUGAAAAAUAAAUUAAGAACAGGAAACAUUUGCUCGAUAAGACCUUUGUACUUUCGAUGACGUAGCGUGAAGAACACGAAGCUUAUUUCGAUAUGACGACAGCCGGUAAGAUUUUUCGUUAAUACUUUUUGACAACAUGAAAAAUUCUAAUGCCCAUUUUAGAUAAUUAGAAAAAAAAUCUUAUUUUCUGACUCUUUCUGUGAAUAGGAACUUGAACAAAGUUAUUUUCAUAAAUUUACAACGAAUUAGUUUUUGGAAUUUUCAUUUCGAAAAGUCUUCUCAUUAGUAUUAACCCCGGUGAAAUUAGAAUGAUUAUAUUUGUUUUCUGCAUGAAAAUUAAUAUAAAGUUUUAUAGACGGGACAGUAUUGGACACAUCAAAAUAACGAAAGUGGUUUUUAAACUAUACUAUGUCGUAUUUUGAAUCUUUCUCAUUCUAUAAAAUUAGUGGCUUAAUGGAGUGAUAUUAUCUCUAGUUAGUGUACCAAUAUUGUAAUUAAAUAUAUUACUAUUAAGUACAUACAGCUGGAGAAGUGAAACGUAU